AGGAGGAGGAGGAAGGGGGAGGAGGAGGAGGCCGGGACGAUGGCGGCGGGCGGCUGGGAGGCGCCGUGGAAGGCGCUGGGAGCGCUGGGCCGGGAGCUGGCGGCCGAGUGGGCGGCGCAGGACGUGCGGGCAGCGCUGUGCCAGCUGCUGCUGCUCUGGCUCGGGCUCAGCCUGCUGGGGAUCCGCCUGGCCUGGAGGGCCUACGGGGGGGCCGUGGCCGCUCUCUGCUACCGCCCGGCCGCCCGCCGGCCCCCCCCCGGCACCGGCAUCGCCACCGGCAGCGCCCGGCCCCGCGCCCACUCCCUGUCCCCCGCCGGCCGCAACGGCGCCGCUGAGCGGCACUGCCCGCCCCGGGAGGGCCCUCCAGCUGAGCCGGGGAAGACGCACCGCGAGUGAGCAGCGCCCGCCGUGCCCGAGGCUGCCCGCACCAUUAAAGCUCUGUGCCCCCCGC